CGGAAGGUCGCAGGCCCUUGCGGUCCCGGAACUUUCCGUUCAGCGUCCCGUUCCCCUCCCCAUGCCCCGUCCCCUUUUCCGGCCCGCGCCGACCCUCUGUAGCUGUUGUGCUGUCCUCCACUUCCGCGGGGCGUUGCCGAACGCGCUCCCCGCACUGGCGGACCUCCGAGUUUGGAUUCUUUGGAUCUUCUCAGCUGAGACCCUAUCUCCCAGUUGGUGAUGCUUUUCCGGUUGCUUUCGAUUGUCCAAAGACAAAGAACUAGCCCAGGAUGGCAGACCUGGUCAUCAGCAAGAAGCAGCACAUCCACUGCCGAGGCACAUUCUAUUGCCCUGCCUGCCCAGGCCCAGGUGGUCAUCUGUGGGGGUGGAAUCAUGGGUACAUCCGUGGCCUAUCACCUCUCCAAAAUGGGGUGGCAGGAUAUUGUCCUUUUGGAGCAGGGCAGGCUGGCUGCUGGCUCGACAAGGUUCUGUGCUGGCAUCCUAAGCACUGCUAGGCAUUCAAGUAUUGAACAAAAGAUGGCAGACUAUUCAAACAAACUCUACCAUCAGUUAGAGCAAGAAACAGGGAUCCAAACAGGGUACUUAAGGACAGGCUCAAUCUCUCUGGCCCAAACUCAAGACCGGUUGAUCUCUCUGAAGCGCAUCAGCUCAAGGCUGAAUGUUGUAGGUAUCCCUUCUGAGAUCAUCUCCCCGAAGAAAGUGGCUGAACUUCACCCUCUCCUCAAUGUGCACGAUCUGGUGGGGGCCAUGCAUGUUCCCGAGGAUGCAGUGGUGUCCUCUGCUGAUGUGGCUCUUGCCCUGGCAAGUGCUGCCUCCCAGAAUGGUGUUCAGAUUUAUGAUCGGACAAGUGUUCUUCAUGUAUUGAUCAAAAAAGGUCGAGUUACUGGUGUGGAGACAGAUAAAGGACAGAUUGAAUGCCAGUAUUUUGUCAACUGUGCUGGUCAGUGGGCAUACGAGCUGGGUCUGUCCAACGAGGAGCCGGUUAGUAUCCCGCUACAUGCCUGUGAACACUUCUACCUUCUGACUCGUCCCUGGGAUACCCCUCUGCAGAGCAACACACCAACUAUUGUGGAUGCUGAUGGAAGAAUUUACAUCAGGAACUGGCAGGGUGGCAUAUUGUCUGGAGGCUUUGAGAAGAACCCAAAACCUAUUUUCACUGAGGGCAAGAACCAGUUGGAAAUUCAGAACCUGAGGGAAGAUUGGGAUCACUUCGAGCCCCUGUUGAGUUCCCUCCUGCGUAGGAUGCCAGUAUUGGAGACUCUGGAGAUUUUGAAGUUGGUGAAUUGCCCUGAGACCUUCACACCAGACAUGAAGUGCAUCAUGGGCGAGUCUCCUGUAGUACAGGGCUACUUUGUCCUGGCAGGGAUGAACUCUGCUGGCCUGUCGUUGGGUGGAGGAGCUGGAAAGUUCCUUGCUGAGUGGAUGGUCUAUGGUUAUCCCUCUGAAAAUGUCUGGGAAUUGGACUUGCAGCGCUUUGGAACCCUCCAGAGCAGCCGCACUUUUCUGCGCCACCGGGUCAUGGAAGUCAUGCCUCUGAUUUACGAUCUGAAGGUUCCCCGUUGGGACUUCCAGACUGGGAGGCAGUUACGUACAUCUCCUCUUUAUGACCGGCUAGAUGCUCAAGGAGCCAGAUGGAUGGAGAAGCAUGGAUUUGAGAGACCAAAGUACUUUGUUCCACCCAAUAAGGACCUUCUUGCCUUGGAACAGAGCAAGACUUUCUACAAGCCAGACUGGUUUGAUAUUGUGGAGUCUGAAGUGAAGUGCUGUAAGGAAGCUGUGUGUGUCAUUGACAUGUCUUCUUUCACAAAGUUUGAAAUCACUUCCACUGGGGACCAGGCAUUAGAAAGUCUCCAGUACCUUUUCUCCAAUGACCUGGAUGUGCCCGUAGGCCACAUUGUGCAUACUGGCAUGCUUAACGAGUAUGGAGGGUACGAAAAUGACUGCAGCAUUGCACGCCUGAACAAACGCAGUUUCUUCAUGAUCUCUCCAACUGACCAGCAGGUCCACUGUUGGGCCUGGCUUAACAAAUACAUGCCGAAAGACAGCAACUUGCUGCUGGAGGAUGUCACCUGGAAAUACACAGCCCUCAAUCUGAUUGGCCCUCGGGCUGUGGAUGUGCUAUCUGAGUUGUCUUAUGCCCCUAUGACUCCAGACCACUUUCCAACUCUGUUCUGCAAGGAGAUGAGUGUGGGCUAUGCAAAUGGGAUCCGCGUGAUGAGCAUGACUCACACAGGAGAGCCGGGGUUCAUGCUGUAUAUCCCCAUAGAGUAUGCUCUGCAUGUCUACAAUGAGGUCAUGAGUGUUGGACAGAAGUAUGGAAUCCGGAAUGCUGGGUAUUAUGCUCUUCGAAGUCUCCGAAUUGAGAAGUUUUUUGCCUUCUGGGGACAAGACUUAAACACCCUCACCACUCCCAUGGAAUGUGGAGGAGAGUCUCGUGUGAAGUUAGAGAAGGGCAUAGAUUUCAUCGGUCGGGAUGCCCUGCUGCAGCAGAAGCAGAAUGGGGUGUAUAAACGCCUUGCUAUGUUCAUCUUGGAUGACCACGACACAGACAUAGAUUUGUGGCCUUGGUGGGGAGAACCCAUUUACCGGAACGGGAAGUAUGCUGGCAAAACCACCAGUAGUGCCUAUAGCUACACUCUUGAGCGCCAUGUAUGCCUGGGUUAUGUACACAAUUUUUCUGAGGACAAUGGGGAAGAACAGGUGGUGACAACGGAUUUCAUCAAUCGAGGAGAAUAUGAGAUCGACAUUGCAGGACAUCGGUUUCAGGCCAGGGCCAAGCUCUACCCUGUCACCUCCUUUUUUACUCACAAGCGUAGAAAGGAUGAUGUGGAGCUGAGUGACUUUCAUGGGAAGUAAUACCAAGACACUGUCCCUUCCUCCCAUUCUCUCACCAUGAGGAACAUCAUUCUGGGAGCUUUUUCCUUCGUCCCUGUCUUCUUACUGAAGGUAUCUUUGUCCCCUUGCUUUUCAGAUUGACCUACUUUAAACAUUUUCCUUGAAAGCCUUUUUUUUGUCCUCCCAUUUCCUUUUCAUUUGCUGUUACCCCUCCUCACAAUCCAGGCUCUUCUCACCCCUCCAGCAGGCCAGUCCCACAGUGAAAGGCAGGAGCCACUUGUGGAGUUAAGGUGACAAACUGAUUUUUAGAUUCAUCUUAAGGCAAGUUGGUAUUAUUUCUUAGGGCAGAAUCCAACUCCCCUGGGCUGGGGUUCUUAGAGUAAUCUGCCAAUUUUGGUAGAUUACUGUGUGUCUGCUAUAGCCCUGGGAAUAGCUUAUAUUUUAAGAGGCAGAUGAUUCUAUUCCACUGUGCUGUAGGGUACCACUUGAUACCUCUUAACCAUCUACCUCACUGAUAAGAGGGAUUGCAUAGACACUGCCUGCUCUGUGGAAGGGACAAGUAGUUAACCUGGUCCCCAGCCCUCCGACUUUUUCUUAGAUGUUUAGGCCAGGGCCACCUGUCUGCAAUAUUAUUUCUGCUAUUUUGUAUGAGGUUGUUUGUUUUUUAGCUGAGUAAACAAGUGUGCCAGUAUUCGAAAGGAAAAACAAAACCCCUGUGCCUUUUGUGUUGCUUUUCCCAGCAGGAGCAGGAUGAACUCCAAGGCUGAGAAGUUGUUGCUUUUCUGUCAGCUACUCAUAGGUCAGCUAGCUAUCCUUGAUUUUCUUCAGAUGGCUUCCAGCCUCACUGUGCCUUGUGUAGUUUGCCUGUGACCUCAACAUUCAUUCCUAUCCCUUUAGAAGAGAGAGGAUUGUGUGGGUUGUCUUGGGUGAGGAAGUAAACCAUGCUGUUCAUAAUGCGUUCCAGAGAGCUACCAGAGCCUCAGGCUUCCCACGGCUGGCAUGAACAAAGCCAUGUACAGAUGGCCAUUGAGAGCUGUAAGUACAAUGCUCUUCUUUCCCGGCUCCCCACUCUGGCCCCAUAGAACCUCUGGAAUGGAAGUGCCUGGAGUACUCACCAAAUGUGCACCUCACAUUUCAAGGGUACUGCUGUUUUCUUUCUGUGAUACGGUUUCUCAUUGGAGUUCAGGUUGGCCUCAAAUUUGCAGUGAUCUUGCCUGAGUCUCCUGAGUACUAGGAUUUCAGGUGUGGGGACAGGAUGUUUUCUGAAGGUGAAGCUUGGGUGGCAGGCUGUGCUAUAUAACACCAGCACUUAAAUUUUCUUCUAUAUACAAACUGACCUAGUCUGCACUUGAGAACCUUUAAUUCGACUGUAGUUCUCAGUAACUUGGAAACAUUGGUUCUGCUAGAUUUAUAUUACUAGAAACCUUUCAUUUCAUUAGAGCAGCUCAAAAAUCUCAAGUGUUUCUUUGUCAUUUCUGUGGAACCUGUUAUCUACUCACUGGUUCUUUUUAUACAUUGCUUGCUAUUUUCUCCAGCUAGGCCACUCUAUUUGGCUUCUGAGAAGAUUUUUAACUGACUUAUUAAAGGGCACACGAUUAGAAUUUGGUGUGAAGGGAAAUUGCUAUUUUGGAGAAAAUGUGUAUAACUCCGCUAGAAAGCUGAGUGCAGCAGCAGCAGCAGCAGCAGCAGCAGCAGCGAGCUGUUGAGAUCAAGAGCAGCCCUGGCUGACCUGUGAAGAUGAAAGUAGAGAUGCACAGCUCCAGGGUCUGUGCUCUGAAAUAUGCUUGUAAGGCUGCACAGAGUGAAAGCUGCCUUCAAAUUGAAUACAGAUUUUGAGCAAACUUGCCCUUUUAACUUUUGGAAGUGUUACCACUUAAGUUCCAAAUUGGGACAGGGGGCCUUCCAAAACAGUAAUAGUUUAAAAUUGGGUGUCAUCAAGAGUAUUUUCAGCAUAGAUUGAUUUCUUCUCUGUACUUCUUAAUCUCUCGUUACUUAAUUAGCUGUCCUUUCUAAGUAGGAAGGAAAGUGCUAUAUUUAAAAUUCUAUAGCAACUUUUGGGCUGGAGAGAUGGCUCAGAGGUUAAGAGCACUGGCUGCUCUUCCAGAGGUCCUUAGUUCAAUUCCCAGCAAUCUGUAUGAUAUGGUGCCCUCUUCUGGCCUGUAGGAGUAUGUGCAGAAAGAACCCUGUACGCAUAAUCAAUUGAUCUUUUAAAAAAAUAUAAACAAAAUUAUAUAGUACCUUUCUUAGUGUUCAGCUAGAAGUCCUGGCUGUUGCUGAUAUCAACUUUUGAGCUUACCGACGGUGCUUGUCUUGCUAGGAAGGCCUGAGAGUGGGGCACACAGGGCUGUUUUGAAAUGCCUUCUCGGGGGGAGGGUCAUGGGCCUCUUCCUUCAACUGUGAUUAGGCAUUGGAUUUUGAGUUGCCACUUGUUUACUGUGUACCCCAAAACAAACUUAUAUUUGGCACUAAAUGCAUCCUUAGAAUUUCUCUUGGCCAUUCAAACAUAAGUAAUUGCAAAUCUGCCCCCCCCCCCCCCCCAUUUUGCCCUGAUAUAAGUGCUUUAAAUAGACUGUUCUCUUCUACUAAGCCUGCAGCUUUUCCUGUGCUUGGUGUCAUAAACACCAUUUAACCUGAAACACCCGAUCCCCUCCCCCAGUGUUGAUAGAGCAUUCUGGGCUCCUCAGGAGUAAAUAAAUACAGGUUGUUAACAGAAAUGCUAGUCUAGAGCAGUGGCACUCAACCUGUGAACUGCAAUCCCAUUGGGGUCACCUAAGACCAUCGGAAAACAGACAUUUACAUUGCAAUUCAUAACAGUAACAAAGUUACAUUUAUGAAGUGGCAAUGAAAAUAAUUUUAUGGUUGGGGGUUAUUAUGACAUGAGGAACUGUAUUAAAUGUUCACAGCAUUGGGAAGGUUGAGAACCACUGGUCUAGAGGCAUGAUUGAAAAUCCAGGAAAAACAAUCGCUGUACAUCCUAAAUUGUGUGACAUUUUGUGACAGUACAGUUUGGGGAGCCAGUUAGCUUAAGGGAAUGUAAACACUUCAGCUUUAGAUGACAGAUUCUCUGGAAUAAUCUGUUGUCACAUCUACUUACCAGAGAUGAGGAGUUCCAUGUUCUCUUCUUUGAUUUAUAGUAGCAAUUAAAUCUCUUUGAACAAGGUAACAAAUUAUAUUGAAGACCUAGGAUUGGGAGUUUCCUGUGAGCCUUGAAAUAUUAUGAAGAUAUUCUUUUCUCUUAGUUGUUCAUUACACAAAGCCUGUUUCUCAGUACUUCCGUAGCCAUCUGAAAUACACUCAAGCUUGUUGUAACAGUUCCCUUCUGUGACACAGGUACUGAACUUAGAAGAAGGACAAGGAAGAAUGGCGUAAUUAGUCUUAAUUGUGAGCACGCUCACUGACUUUAGUUCUUCCCUGGGUCCCAGGACACAGGGUCAUUAACACAGCACUAAACCCCAGCUUCAGUCUGGUCUCCGAGAGCCCAUUUCUGUAGCAGUGGAGUGCAGUCCCUUGUCGGGAAGAACACCAGCUCUGGCCUGUCUCUACGCCUAUUGUGUUCUGGGCUGCUGUGUCUGAGAAAAGUAACUAGAUACGAAAAAUGAAUUUAUGAACUUUAGUAUUCUACUGCUCUGCUUUUGGAUCUGGUUGGCAGUGGCAGUAUGAAUUAACAGAUAGCAGGAACUGCUAAAGGUUUGCUUUGUUUCACUGGAGACUCACAGCUUUGGUUUUCUGGUUGCUAGCGUCUGAGAAGACCUUCACUGUCCUUGUGAGAAUUGUAUGCCUUCCAGUGUUGGCACUAGCCCUGGAAGCCUGUCAUGGUAGAGCAGUUGCACUACCCCGUUUGCAAGGGUGGACUACAAAUUUCACCCAUCUAUCUCUUACUUCUUAGCCGAGGUUUAUAACAUUUAGGGCAGAGAAGAAUGACUUGUCAUUUUUCAUUUUCUGCAUCCCAACACCUCCACUUCACAAUGUUGAUAGAUAAGUAGCAUAGUAUCAACACAGCACAGGUCCAUCUCGUCCUUACGUCUGUAGACUCAGAGUGAGCAUCAGCCAGUGAGUAGGAGAGUGUCUGAGCUAUAGCUGUGCCCUGUGCGCAUGUCAGAAAUGGUAAGCGAGCUGGGGCCUCUUCUCCCUCUGCCUGCACUUCUUUUGGUCUCCUAGGUGCUGAUCUGUAAGCCCCCAUUUUCAUGCAAUAUAGGGCUUGCUUCUGCAGUUCCCUAACAAUACCAACACACUUGUUCUUCACAAGAAAUGAGUGUUUCACACAUCUUUCUUUUUUUAGUAUGUUAAACUUCAGCAUUUUUUCUAAGACUCCUGACCUCUCUAAGCAGUUGUCUACAUCUGAAUUAUAUAUUUUUCCUCAUAUUUGAUUCAACUGUUUUUAUUCUUUGCAGACAUCUACCUCCUUGUCUGGUCUGUGAGGUUCAGAUUACAAGAGGAGGGGGAGUUAUCUUUAUCAUGUUUCAAAAGAUCUAUGCCAGGAUUUCCUUCGCACACUAAGAGCUGAAUCUUGCUUGGAAUACUCCUCAGCCUAGGUCUAGUGCCUUACUCUCCAGUAGUGGACUGGGGUAGGAAGGAAGAAUGUUCGGUAUGGGUUCUCAUCACCCCAUGUUAGCCCCCUUCCUCAGGGUAGUCUGGGUGUGGGGUGGAAAGUGCAUAGCUCAUCUCACUGAAAGUCUGGGUGUGGAGUGGAAAGUGCAUAGCUCAUCUCACUGAAAGCUUCUCUCAGUUCACACUUAACUCUCCGGUCAGUGCUUAAGACAUGAACAUCAUUGUAAUCACCAUAAAGUUCUGUCCAUUUGCAUAUAGUGUGGCUCCCUCGGCUCCCUCCUGUCCCUGUGUAGUGUCAGUGUGUGGUCCUGAGGACGCUCUAGAUAGCGGAGUAAAUAAGACCUUUUCCCAAGAGCAGAUUCAGCUGACUUUGGACACAUAGGGUGGGUAACUGCACUUCAUGGCCAGAAUUAUUUCUGGAUGGCUGGAUUUGAGAUUUUCUUUUCAUGUAUUAGGUAUAUAAAUGAAUAAAAAUGUUUUCAUUAAC